AUGAAUGAGGCAUUCAUCGCAUUUUCCAAGCAACACAAUGAAAGACUCUACAAGCCCGAACAGACUCUCACCAACGAUUUGUGCUACAAUCACCAAAUCGUGUUCCACCCAGCGGGAUUGCCAGUUCCACUGUACAUUGCUGGAAGAUACAGUCAACGCGGUGCGAUGGUACUCGCACACAAUGGAUCACCCAUCACCAACAAAGAAGUCUACCAAUCAACGUCUCGAAUACACCACCAAGAAAUUGAUAUAAAUUAA